GCCUCCUCCUGGGCUCCUCGAGGCGAUUCCGACUCUCCUCCCGCGGCUGCAGCAGCUGCGGGUUGCACACGGCCUCGGCGGCGGGCGCGGCGGUCGCGGGCGUCUGGAGCGGCGGCCGGGUGUGGGGCCCGGCCGGACACCCCUCUGAGGGCGGCCCAGGAAGCUCCUGGAGGAGGAAGAAUAGGAGCAGUAGGAGGUGGGAGGCGGCGGCUGCCAGGGACCCGCUCCGCGCGUUGGCUUCUUCGCUUGCUCUCCAGCCUUUCUUUGGUCUUCUCUCACGCUCCGGCCGGCGUCUCGGCUUUGUGCGAGGACAUGGUGUAGCCUCCUCGCCGCUCGAAGGAGGAGCCGGACACUUGUCUCCAGUCUCUGCGCUGCGUCCCCGCCCCUGGAGGAGAAGACCCCUCUCGGCUCGGUGCCUCUCGCGUCUCCCGGCUGCUGGGGAAGCCUCGGCGCCACCGGCACCAUGAGUGAACAGAGUAUCUGUCAGGCAAGAGCUGCUGUGAUGGUUUAUGAUGAUGCCAAUAAGAAGUGGGUGCCAGCAGGUGGCUCAACUGGCUUUAGCAGAGUUCAUAUAUAUCACCAUACAGGCAACAACACAUUCAGAGUGGUGGGCAGGAAGAUUCAGGACCAUCAGGUCGUGAUAAAUUGUGCCAUUCCUAAAGGGCUGAAGUACAAUCAAGCUACACAGACCUUCCACCAAUGGCGAGAUGCUAGACAGGUGUAUGGUCUCAACUUUGGCAGCAAGGAGGAUGCCAAUGUCUUCGCAAGUGCCAUGAUGCAUGCCUUAGAAGUGUUAAAUUCACAAGAAACAGGACCAACCUUGCCUAGACAAAAUUCACAACUACCUGUCCAGGUACAAAAUGGCCCAUCACAAGAAGAAUUGGAAAUUCAAAGAAGGCAACUGCAAGAGCAACGACAAAAGGAGCUGGAGCGGGAAAGGCUGGAGAGAGAGCGAAUGGAAAGGGAGAGGCUGGAGAGAGAGAGGUUAGAAAGGGAAAGGCUCGAGAGGGAACGGCUGGAACAAGAGCAGCUGGAGAGAGAGAGACAAGAAAGGGAACGGCAGGACCGGCAGGAACGUCUGGAGCGGGAGAGGCAAGAAAGAGAGCGACAAGAACAGCUGGAGAGGGAGCAGUUGGAAUGGGAGAGGGAGCUAAGGAUAUCAAAUGCCGCUCCAUCUUCAGACAGCUCCCUGUAUAAUGCUCCACUUCCUGAAUAUUCCAGUUGCCAGCUUCCUUCAGCACCUCCUCCAUCAUAUGCUAAAGUCAUCUCAGCUCCAGUGUCAGAUGCCACUCCUGAUUAUGCUGUAGUGACUGCUUUGCCACCUACUUCCACACCCCCUACACCACCACUUCGACACUCAGCGACACGUUUUGCAACAUCUUUAGGUUCAGCCUUCCACCCUGUUCUUCCCCAUUAUGCUACAGCUUCUCGUCCUAUGAACAAAAACUCACGACCUUCUUCUCCUGUGAAUACACCCUCUUCUCAACCUCCGGCUACGAAGCCCUGUGCCUGGUCUACUUCCAAUUUUUCGCCCCUCCCUCCAUCUCCUCCAGUAAUGAUUAGCAGCCCCCCAGGCAAAGCUACUGGUCCAAGGCCUGUCCUCCCUAUUUGUGUUUCUUCUCCUGUGCCCCAAAUGCCUCCAUCACCAACAGUAACCAAUGGGCUGCUCGACUCUGUAACAUGUCCAGUGUCUCCACCACCUACCUCAGGGCCAGCAGCUCCUCCGCCGCCGCCUCCACUGCCUUCCCUUGCAUCACUCUCACACUGUGGAUCUCAAGCUUCUCCUCCUCCAAGCACCCCUGUUGCCUCAACUCCCUCAUCCAAGCCUAGUGUUCUCCCUUCUCCCUCUGCAGCUGCCCCUGCCUCUGUUGAGACUCUAAACUCUGUGCUGGGAGACGCCUCUGCUUCUGAGCCAGGCUUGCAGGCAGCCUCUCAGCCGGCUGAAACUCCAGUCCAACAGGGCAUUGUCUUGGGACCACCUGCCCCUCCCCCACCUCCACCACUCCCACCAGGUCCUGCCCAGCCUUUGGCAGCCCUUCCUCCUCCCCCAGGACCCCCUCCACCCCCUCCACUUCCAUCUUCUGGGCCUCCACCACCCCCUCCUCCACCCCCUCUUCCUAAUCAAGUACCCCCUCCUCCUCCACCACCUCCUGCCCCUCCCCUCCCUGCAUCUGGAUUUUUUGUGGGAUCCGUGUCAGAAGACAAUCGCCCUUUAACUGGACUUGCAGCUGCAAUUGCUGGAGCAAAACUUAGGAAAGUGUCACGGAUGGAGGAUGCCUCUUUCCCAAGUGGAGGGAAUGCCAUUGGUGUGAAUUCAGCCUCAUCCAAGACAGAUACGGGUCGUGGAAAUGGACCCCUUCCCUUAGGGGGUAGUGGUUUAAUGGAAGAAAUGAGUGCUCUGCUGGCCAGGAGGAGAAGAAUCGCUGAAAAGGGAUCAACAAUAGAAACAGAGCAAAAAGAGGACAAAAAUGAAGAUUCAGAUCCUGUUACUUCUAAGUCCUCUUCAACAAGUACACCUGAACCAACAAGAAAACCUUGGGAAAGAACAAAUACAAUGAAUGGCAGCAAGUCACCUGUUAUCUCCAGACCAAAAUCUGCACCCUCAUCACAGCCCAGUGCCAAUGGAGUCCAGACAGAGGGCCUAGACUACGAUCGAUUGAAACAGGACAUUUUAGAUGAAAUGAGAAAAGAAUUAACAAAACUAAAAGAAGAGCUCAUUGAUGCAAUCAGGCAGGAACUGAGCAAGUCAAAUACUGCAUAAAGAAAAAACCUAAGAAGAGACAGGACUUUGGAGGAAAAAAAACCCACAAACAGCAACUGUUAACAUCAUCAAAACCCUACCUUUUGUGAGCUGUAA